AUGCGCAACGCUCCGGCGGGCACCCUUGGCGUCGCGAAGCCGCGCCGCGUGGCCCAGCCGCGGCCGCCGCUGCUGCCCACCCGCCGCAGCGACGCCGUGCGCACCCGCAGCGCCGCCCCCCAGGAGCCCGUCCCCGCAGAAGGUCCGUCGUGGGACGGCGCGAAGCUCCAGCCCGCGGCCAUCGCCAUCGGCGCGGGCCUGAUCGUGCGCUUCCUCGUGCCCGUCCCCGACGGCCUGACCGUGCAGUCCUGGCAGACGCUGGCCAUCUUCGUGUCGACGGUGUUUGGGCUGGUCCUCGAACCGCUGCCCGUCGGCGCGUGGGCCUUCUGCGGGCUCACCGCCGCGGUGAUCACCAACUCGCUGACGUUCCAGGCGGCGUUCGCGGCCUUCACGAACGAGGUCAUCUGGCUCAUCGUGUGCUCAUUCUUCUUCGCAAAAGGAUUCGAGAAAACAGGUCUCGGAGAGCGCGUGGCCAACCUCUUCGUCAAGAUCGCCGGCAAGUCCACGCUCGGCCUCGCGUACGGCCUGGCCAUCGCGGACGCCAUCAUCUCCCCCGCGAUGCCGUCCACGUCGGCGCGCGCGGGGGGCAUCUUCAUGCCGAUCGUCAAGUCGCUGAGCAACACCGCGAACUCCCUCCCGAACGACCCGUCCCGCAACAAGGUCGGCGCGUUCCUGACGCAGAGCCUCCUCCAGGCGUCGAACCACUCGUCCGCGCUCUUCCUGACAGCGGCGGCGCAGAACCUGCUGUGCCUCAACCUCGCGGCGUCGUUCGGGGCGGUCAUCCCGGGCCCGUGGCUCGCGUGGCUGAUCGCGUCGUGCGUGCCGGCGAUCACCGGGAUCCUCAUCACGCCGUGGCUCGUGUACAAGCUGCAACCCCCCGAGAUCAAGGACACCCCCGAGGCGCCCGUGGAGGCCGGGGAGCGGCUGAAGGCGCUCGGGCCGAUGAGCGGGCAGGAGAAGAUCAUGCUCGGCGUCAUGGGGCUCGCGGUGGUGCUCUGGGUCGCCGGGGAGGGGCUCGGAGUGGCGCCGGUCGUCGCGGCCAUGCUCGGGCUCUGCCUCCUGCUGUUCACGGGCGUGCUCAAGUGGAAGGAGUGUCUGGAGUACACGCCGGCGUGGGACACGCUCGUGUGGUUCGCGGUGCUGAUCGGCAUGUCGGCGCAGCUCAACUCGAUGGGCGUCAUCAAGCACUUCGCGGACGCCAUGGGGGCCUCGCUGUCGUCGCUGGGGCUGUCCUGGCAGGCGCUCACCGUGCUCCUCAACGCGGCCUACUUCUUCCUGCACUACCUCUUCGCCAGCCAGACCGCGCACGUCGGCGCGCUGUACGCGGCGUUCCUGGCGAUGAUGAUCGCCGCGGGCUGCCCGCCGGUGCUGGGCGGCCUCCUGCUCGCCUUCACGACCAACCUGUUCGGGUCGAUCACGCACUUCGCGUCGGGGCAGGCCGCGGUGUACUUCGGCGCGGGGUACCUGAAGCUCGACGAGGUGUUCAAGGUGGGCGGCAUCCUGGGCGUGGUGUCGCUGGUGGUCUGGACGGUGCUCGGCGGGCUGUGGUGGAAGGUGAUCGGGCUGUACUAG